GCACUUUUAUGACUCAUGCGUUACGGAGGCCAGUGGAAAAGAAAAAGUCAUUACUCACUACUUGUCUCCUUGGUUCCAGUUUUCCAGUGUCGAAGAGGUUUUCCUUUGUCCUGAUGGAUUGAAUGUAUAUGCACAUAUGUACAUUUUACAUACAUAUAUAUAUACACAGCACAAGCUGCGAUGCCCUUGAGGGACCUGACGAUGCGGCAAUUGUAUUUGGAUGUAAAAAAGUUAAACAAAACUAUAGAGCACCAUGGAUCCCUAACUUUGAAAAACCCUGGGACUGAUAUCAAGGAUUGUUGUAUAACGUCAGCUCUUCAGUGCUACAGAAGUCAGGUGGACCUUCUCAAAGUCAGCAGUAACGCAUUACUUUGCCAUAAAGUUCAGAGAAGCCUGCGAAAGCCUCACAUUUUUGAGAAACUGAAGGGAAUAAACAUCAGCAGACAAGACUGUCAAAAGAACCAGUGCCAGUCCUGUGAUUCAUACCCAAGUACAGACAGCAAGGAGUUUAUGACCAAGUUAAUUUCACUGCUUGAAAUGGCCAACAGCAAUUAGGAUGAAGUGGGAGCUUGUAUUUAAAUACGAAGACACUACUCCAUGAAGACGUC